UAAGAAAAAAGAAAAGAAAGUUUUGUCGUUAACAUUAUUCUUGUUAAUGUUAUAGAUUUGUAUAUUAUAUGUUUACCUCUAGAUUUCCCGCUUCGCUACCGUUCGAUCUUCAAUGCAAACCCUUAUUUUGCUUUAUAUUAAUUAAUGAUAUGUUUUAAAUCGUAAUUUAGUUCAAUUGAACUGACAUUGAUAUACGGAUAAUGAAAUGAAGUGGUGUGUUGCUUUUGAUGUAAUAAUUUUCAUCUUUGAGAAUGGCUGUGAUUAAAUACAAUGGAGGAGACUUAUUACCAGAAAGGAGAGGCGUAAUCGGUGCCGUAUUCAAUUCUCUAAACGGUGAUCAUACCUUUUCUUCUCGUGUCGUUCGACGGAGGAAGCUCGGUCGUUUUACUAAACCGAGUUUCCUGAUUUUGAUUUUGUUGCUUUUUGCUCUUUUCUUGAUUUCACUUUCCGUUUUUGGCCUCAGAUUGCAACUUCCAGGUAAUUUUGAAAGUUUGGAGAAAUUAGACAAUGCUGAUAAUUUUGAGGAAAGUAAUCAGAUUAGAAAUGAAGUAAAGCAGGAAUUUCAUGGAUCUAAUUAUAUUCUAAAUCCUCCAAAAUCCAAGCGUAAACAGCAUCUUCCCUGCGAAGUUGGUUUUUCAGGAUCAGUUAAUUAUCUUAUUGAGCCCCAAGAUUUAAGAAAUUUCACCCGAUUUUCACUACGUUAUGUGGCCUCAGAGGAGAAACCUUUGGGUGCAAAUUCAUUUCAAUCUAGAUUUGGAGGACAUCAAACACUCGAGGAAAGAGAGAAAUCUUUCUAUGCUAGAAACCAAACACUACAUUGUGGUUUUGUUCAAGGAACUCCUGGACUUCCAAGCACCGGAUUUGAUUUGGAUGAGAAGCACAGGGCAUACAUGAGUACCUGUCGGGUAGUGGUCUCUUCCUGCAUCUUUGGGAGCUCUGACUUUCUGCGGAGGCCUACAAGCAAAAAGAUCAGUGAAUUUUCCAAGAAAAAUGUUUGUUUUGUUAUGUUUGUGGAUGAAAGUACACAGUCUAAACUGUCUUCGGAUGGUCAUAUACCUGAUGAUAGUGGACAUAUUGGUCUAUGGAAAUUAGUUGUUGUCAGGAACUUACCAUAUGAGGACAUGAGGAGAACUGGAAAGGUGCCAAAAUUCUUAUCACAUCGCCUCUUCCCAUCUUCUAGCUAUUCAAUUUGGCUUGACAGUAAGAUGCGACUCAACACUGAUCCAAUGUUGAUACUUGAAUAUUUUUUGUGGCGAACAAGAUCAGAGUAUGCCAUUUCAAACCAUUACGACCGUCACUGUGUCUGGGAGGAGGUACUCCAAAAUAAGCGUCUAAACAAGUAUAAUCACACAGCGAUUGAUGAGCAGUUUAAUUUUUACCAGUCUGAUGGCCUAACCAAGUUUGACUCUUCAGAUCCAAAUACGCCUCUUCCAAGUUAUGUGCCAGAAGGUUCAUUUAUUGUACGAGCGCAUACGCCAAUGUCAAAUUUAUUUUCAUGCCUUUGGUUUAAUGAAGUUGAUCGAUUUACUUCACGUGAUCAACUUAGCUUUGCAUAUACUUACUUGAAACUGAGGAGAUUGAAUCCAGAUCAUCUAUUCUACCUAAACAUGUUCAAGGACUGUGAACGCAGGGCAUUAGCAAAGCUAUUUCGUCACAGGGCAUUGCCAUCAACUCCACCUGGUCCUUAAAUCAUUGAAACUCUUUUUGGCAGUUAUGUAUAGCCUUGGAAUUCGUAUUGACUGGAAAAAAAAUAUUACAUUCCUGAGUUCCCCUUCAAGAAUCUACUUUGAUGUAUCUUUGGAGCUUGGCACAAAUCAGGCUGUGCAGUCAGCUGCCUUAUGAGAGGAUGAGAUUGAUUAGGCGAUGGCCCUCAUACCAUGGUAAAUGACUUCAAGAGGUUGUAUUCUAUUGCCCAAGUGGUUUUCAGCAUGGGGAGCUGUUGUUUAUUUUUUUAUCUUACACAAUUUUCUCUUGGGGCUUUCUUGGACCAAAUGAUUUGGCUGUAGAGAUGGCUUAUGAUAAUUUAUAAUAGCAUGUGGCAUGGGAUUUCUUGGCUAAAUCCUUGAAGUUCCAAAACUAAACCAACCCAUUUAAUAUACUAUGGUGCCCAUGUGCAUGGACACACAGUCUAAUGACUGGUAUUUCUUUUUUCCUAUACUUUUAACAUUUCUUUUGAAUAAUGGUUUUACCAACAAAUUGUUGGGAUGAAGCCCAGUGCCUUAGAUAUUUUAUAUUUUCCUUUCAUCUUUUUCCUUCCAUACAUUUGAUCUUUCCUGGGGCUGGUAGGUAGGAUACAUUUUGUUGAGAGAAGGAAAAUGCUCAACUGCUGAAGAUCGUUCAAUCUUGCGGUCAAGAUCUUGACAUUGUACUAAUUUGACAGUUCAAGGAUUGUUACAGUUUAUAGUGCAUGCUUUAUCUACACAGAUCUGUUACUUGUAAUGGACAGAGAUAUGGUGUAAUACUUUGAAAUUUGUAUGAAAAGCCAAUUGGGACUUGUACUUUGUGGUCGACCACAGUUUUUGACACUUGUAACUAUCAAAUAAGAAUGCCAAUCAUGCUUUCUUCGAGAUUC